AUCGAGUCCAAAAGGAUGCCCUUCGUGUAUCUCUUGUUUUCGCUACCGAUCAACUUGCUAAUGCUCUUACUAAGGCCAUUGCCUCAUUCUCAAUCUUAUUGUUCUCCCCUAUGGUAUCCUCACUGUUUACCAUGUACCUUCAUUCCAUCUCAGCCCUCCAGUCUCUGACACUUUACAUAAUCAAAACCAGUGCGACUAAACAUGUUGCCAUACGGUGA